AUGACCUCGACAAAAGACCCCCGGAACUUACCGGCUGAGUAUGCGCGCCGGUGGGUCGAAGCCGACCCCCAAAUCGAAGAGCCGGAGUACCCAAACCCCGGCCUGCAAGGGGUUAACCUGAGGGGCAUCAGCCGGAUCUACCCAAUCCCGGACGGAGAGCCGGAGUGGGGCUACGAAGCACACCCUGACGGAGGCCUGGACGAAGUACCCUUGUGGCGCGAGGGCAACCGGGAGCGGCUGUACUGGCUCAUCGACUUCAUCAGCAUGGAGGGGCCCAGCAAGUACCCUGCCGUGUGGGAGUGGGAGGAGCGACGCCUGCAGUACCGGCGUGACUGGCUGCAGCGCAUGAUUCUGGAGUGCCGCAACGAACCCAUGUUGGCGGGCUUCAGCACUCUUCCCCGGAGGCGGGACGAGUUAGCGCAGAUAGACUCCCUGUUCAUGAUGCACGCGGCCUACGCAAGGGACCUCCUGAAGGAAGAUGCCCUCCGGAGGCUAGACACCGAGGCGGUGGAGUUCCAGACGGCCGCCACCAACAACCGGCGCCUGGCCUACCCCUGGGAAGCGGCGCUGGGACCCCCGGUGGAUGCCCCCGCGUUCAACUUCAACACCCGCACGGCCCGGCUGCUGGAAAUGGAGCUAGGAGCAUUGGUGGGGCGGGCGCACUCACUGUCUGCGUUGCUGGCGCAAAGGGAGGUGCGGCGCUUCCAUCAAGAGAGGACCAGGGAGCUGAUCGCCAAGCACCGGAGGGGGCUGAUAGCGGCGCGGACCACCGCCAGACUACUUACGACCACCUGGGGAGGCCGGACCUCCCACCGGGAUGGGCGUGGCGCGGCCCGGACAGCAACGCCGUCUACCGUCCGGGAGCUGCACGACUUCCUCGAGAUCCACCUCAGGACCGGGGAGGAGGCGCAAGCUGAGAGCCAGAACCGAGCUCACGUCGGCGACUUCCGGGGCGAAGACUACCCCCAAAUGGCGGAUAGUUUUGCUGCAGAUGCAACACCAACGGCGGCAAGAGCCGCCCCCGGCACCGGCGGACGAGGACGAGACGCGGCCGUCCCCAGUGCCGGACUUGGCGGACUUCCAAGAGUGGAGCCCGCCACGUGA